AUGCGUCCUUCCUACAUGAUGGUAGUGGGUGCUGCAACCCUCUCCAGCUUUGCCACGGCCAGUGAGUUCCCACGUCUCGCUCCGGGCUGUGAGAAUGCCGACUGCAGCACGAUUCCUCCUCCCAAAGUGAUCCGAGGCAUCAUGUCCGUUCGCGACGAUCGCUGUCAGUACUCCUGCCACGUGCGCAAGCAGCGGGCUGCGUCUCAGAGGCAGGCGCGGGCAAUGGCGGCCGACGGCGCCGCCGAGGUGCCAGUGUACGAGGCGGGCGAGGAGGGCUGGGCGGCCAGCCAUGCGGCAGACCGCAAGACACCCGACCUUGGCCUGGAUGGCGGCGCCCUCGCUGCCAUCUUGGGCGGCACCACCAAGCGCCAUGGCAAGCGCGCUGGCACGGAUGCGGCGCCGCAGGUUCCGGUCGGCCAGUUUGACGUGGCCGUCACCAACAUCCCUCGCAGAAGCGAGGGCGUGUGCAAGUUCCAGAUGGAUGUCAUCGAAGCCCCUGGCGCUGCUGGAGCCGCCAUCAUGUGCCCGGCUGGCGGCACCGCCAUGCUCGACGGCAUGACGCGCUCGACGGCGGCGCUGUUCGCAGCUCGUCUGGCCGUCGAGUAUGACUCCAGCUGCGAGAUCAGCGACGCUACCUCUUAUCACGUCAUGGACGACCCCGAUGCCAGCCUCCUGGUGUUCAGCCGGGGCGACAAUGAGCAAAGCAGGAACACGGUGCUAGGGCAGAAGACUGAAGUCUUCUUCCUGAACUGCGGCGCCGUGUUUGUGAGCCAGCCAACGACGGGAUUCUCGGGUAGUUACGUGGCUGCCCAGGUCAGGAUGAUUCGCGAUUCGCGUGGCCUAGUCCCCUUGAUGGCCGAGUUCAUGCCCGCAUCUGUUUGGGGUGACAAGCCGCCAUCGGACUACAGCGUCAAGAACCCGCCAGCCUGGUUCAAGGAAGCGGCUGCAGAGGUGUCCAGGCGCUGA